AUGCUACUUCAUCAUCAUCUUCACAAAACUCAGAGUGUAAAUAUUGACCAAAUCUAUCAAUUAUACGAGUUUCCAUUUGAAGCCAUCUUUGAUGUUCCCGAAGCCAAAGAAGAAUUCAGACAAUACUUGAAAAAAGAACACAAUGAAGAACCGUUUCUCUUUUAUGAAGAUGUUGAAGAAUACAAACGGUUGAAAUUUGAAGAAAACAAAGCAAAGAAAGCCAUCGCUAUCUUCAAGAACUAUUUAUUGCCCAACAGUCCUCAUGAAGUGAACAUUUCCGCUCAGCACAGACAAAAUGCGAUCAAAGCCUUUGAACAGUCCGCUCAACUGCAAAACGAUAAAUCCAUGCUUGUUCCAGAGAAUGUAUUCGAUGAAAUCCAACUUGCCAUCUUUUACAAUUUGAAAAACGAUAAUUAUCCUAGAUUCACUGUUUCUCAACAAUUCAAAAACUUUCUCAAACAAAAAGACAUUGCAUUUGUAUCUUUGAUUGCCAUCAAGAAGAACACUACUUAUAUGAAAUAUGUACCCAAACUUGAAGGACUUAUUUGUGAUAGAGAUAUUCAAUUCUUUUCAUUUAUGUGUUUUAAUGAUGAUUUGGAAGUUUGGGAUGAAAUUUCAGUUUCUAAAGAUGCUCGUGCUGCAUGCUAUCAAUCGAAAAAGGAAUUUUAUUUCAAUGAUCAAUUAGGACAAUCGGAAAACAUGAGUGGAAAAAUCAUGAAAAUGAAGUUUAUACUUCCAUGUACCAAAGAAGAGGCUUUUAAUGUAUUUUCUCAUACCCAUUUAAGAAAAGAAAUUUUAGACAUUGAAAGUAUUAAUCAGGUCGAUUACAUUCCCAUUUCAAAGAAUAACAAGUAUGCUCAAACCAUUCUCCACACGCAAAUGCCAGUGAAAGGUUUUAGUUGGAUCAUGAAACCACGAGAGGCAGUUGCAGCAGUCACUUGUGUCUAUGAUACAAAGAGAGAGAGCUAUGGAUUUAUUAUGAAAUCUACUGAAACAAUGAUCGUGCCUAUCCGAAAAUCUCACGUGAGAGUUCGAGUCUUGACCUCCGCGUUCUUCAGUGAUUGUCCAGUGAGUGCCAAAAUUACUAGUCACAAGAUCCUUAAAAAACAAAGCGAAUCCUCUCCCUCUCUAAAGAAAUCAUUGAACUCGCACAAGAAAAGUUCUUCACAGUCAUCAUUCUCUCUGACAGGUGUCGUGACUACACUCUCUGAAAGAGUUUCUCGACACAGUGAAGAAGAUGCCUCCGAGGAUCAGACGAUGAGCCCAUCCGAAUCUUCCUUUGGCUCAGCAGAACAUGCUUGCCUCAUUUCAUUCACCUCCUUUUUGGAUUUCAAAAUUCCUUCCGAGACGGUUAAAAAGAAAAUAUUCAAGACCAAGAAUAAGAUCAUCUACAAUCGGUUAUUGAAUACAAUCAAAGAGAGUCGAGCCAUGGCAUUUCCUCGUGCCAAAUUUAGUGAGGGAGUUUUAGAUACUUUGGAUGCGUUUAAGGAGUAUUAUUUAUCAAAUGAUCCCAAUGCUGAAAUGACAUGGGAAUUAGAGGAUGAAGAAGACGGAACCCUUCAUGAAAUUGUUUCUUCAACCAACAACAACAAUAACAACAACCAACACUAA